AUGGCCUGGUACCGGUGUCUACUGUGGAAUGAAGCUCAGAAAGCGGUGCUGUUGAAUACUGCCAGAAUUACCAUACUCCAUAACAGAACUGAUAUCGUGUUGAUCGAAAGUAAUAAGAAGACAGCUGAGAUAAUAAAUAUCGCUGUACCAAAUGGUGGGAACACUAACUCAGUCUGCGCCGGAAAAAAUCUGAAAUAUCAAACUCUUGCAGCCAAGUUAA